UGCAGUUCUCGAACCAUCGACAAACAUGUUUCACGUUUAUUUAUUAAUACUGUGCUUGCCAGGAGUGCUGAAUGUACUCUUCGAUGAAGAGUUGGCGGACGACCUCGAAGAGAAAAAAGACGCAGUUUACCGAGACAUGGCAACUACCUGUCUUGAUAAUAUCCUGAAUGGCCUUAUCUCAAAUGGCUCGUUUAUUACAAUCACACAAGUGUUUAUGUACUCCUAUCCACAAUUUGAAAUAACUCAGCGUGUGAUUAAACACAUGCAUGAGAGGGCUCCUGAAACCAGAUGGACCAUGGAAGGGACAAAUGGAACCAGAAAGGCUUUUCCAAGUUUUGCGGAAUGCUUAGCGAAUUGCAAUGACAAGAAGAAUAAGAAAACUGGUAAAGUGAAGAAGAUCAGGUACCAUAAUAAAAAAGUAAGGAAAUCCGAAUAUUAUGUAAUAUUUAUAGAUAGAUUAGAUGACUUGGCAAACAUUCUGGAUCGACUUAAAGCAACAGAUUCCUAUGAUAUUAAUGCACGAUUUGUUCUCAUUUAUGGUAAAUUCUUAAAGCAGGGUCUUCGUGUUCAGACCGACGUAUUAAAACUAAUGUACAAUCGCCGGCACUUUAAAACAAUGUUUAUCAUGCCUGUGAACUUGAAAACUAUCAGUGUUACAGGCAUGCUGUUGUUUCAUCCGAACGAAAAAGGACAUGAAUACAGUUGCGGACGAGUGCCACGAUUUGAAUCAGUUGGUCAUUGUCACAGUGGCGUUUUUAAAUUUCGCCCAGCUUUUCGUUCGCUGACACUAAAACGAGGUUUGAAUUGUGUUCAGGAUGUACAGCUGAUGUACAUUCCACCAAUGGUAAUCUCAACCACAUCCGGUGCAGAAAUUGAAAUUUUAAACACGGUGGGUGAGAAACUGAACAUUUCAUUCCACUACCACGUGCAAAGUGUGUCACAGAACUGGGGACUGAUGGGACCAUUGGAUCCAACUUGUAAGGUGAACUGUUCCAAAUGGACUGGGAGUUUGAAAAAAAUUGAUUUAGAUCCCUUUCUAAUUGGUGUAGGAAGAGUGACUGUAACACCUGACCGGUCAAUGCAUUUUGCGUUUGCAAUCACGUAUUACAUGGAGGAUAUGCUGUGGGUAGUACCCAGUGCUGAAUUAAUACCACCAUGGGCAUCUAUUAUCACCAUUUUUGAAUGGCCCACUUGGAUCACGUUGUUCUGCCUGGUAAUCUUGAUGGGUUCUUUGACGUUUGUCUAUGCAAAUUUAUGUUACAGCAGUGAACAUAAUUAUUUACACUCAUUCUCAGCUGCAAUUGUGGUAUCAAUUCAGAUCUUCUUCACUACCGUAGUGGCUACCCAACCAAAGAGUAAUCCAGUACGAUGGCUCUUCAUCUGUUACGCAAUGUUUAUGAUUAUCGUUGGUAGCUUAUACCAGAGUAGUCUGGUGAAUGUUCUCACCCAUCCAAGGUACGAACAUCAGAUCGACAGUGAGGAUGAGGUUUUUGACUCGGGCAUAGGUAUCGGGGGAUUGGAAAGUCGAAAAAACAUUUUUGACAAUUCACUAUCAGAUCGCGACACGCGUAUUUACAACAACUAUGAAAUCUACGCGACUGAAAAUGACACUGAAUAUCAAUGGUUGUUGACUGUAGCGAAAGAUCGAGAUACGAUAACUAUUCUGGGUGAACACUAUGCGCAAUAUUACAUAGACAAAAAGGACAGGCGGAUUGUCGAGCAGAACGGCCGACCAAAAGUACACCUGAUCAAAAAUGAUGUCCUUUAUACCGAACAGGUGAGCAUCGUCUUCCCGCAGACAUUCUUUCUGACUGCUGAUUUUAACGAAAUAAUCACUUUACUCUUCGAAAGCGGAUUGGUGCAAAAGUGGAGAAUACAGUAUAGUUCUUUCAAUGAAGAAAAAGUUAAAAAGGUAGCGAUAACGAAAGAAACCAAUGAUGGACAAAAUGAAACCAUAAUUGAAGGUAGUGGUGACUACGACGAAGAAGAUGAAGAGAACAAUGAAAGCAGCACGGUGGUGAUUACAUUAGAUCACUUACAGGGCGCAUUCGCCGUGUUCAUGAUUGGCAACCUUGCUGGAGCCAUUGCAUUCACCUGUGAAAACAUUUAUUUCCGAAUUCGAAAGCUGUACACGCGAACACACGUCGAAAAACAAAUGAUUAAAUGGAAGCGUGUCGCGAGGCAGAAUCGCGUGAGACCUGCCAAAGUCAAACAGAAUUUUGAUCGGUAUAAUAAAAAACGCAAUCCGCAGCACAAAUUGCGAUUUGUGCAGCAGAAAACACCGUUGAUUUAAUUUUGCUUCAUUAUACACACGGAAUUUAUUAGAGGUCUACAAAGAUAAUCAAAUAUUUAUCUUGCGUUUCAUGUUAUCAGUGAUACGCGCACACGGCAUUCGGAGCAUUCAAGUAAUUAUCAAUCACGGACCCACUCCUACAACGAACCAUUGUGUUUCCCGUUCUGGCCAUACUCCCAGUUAAGGCAAGUAAUCAUGAAAUCAUAUAUGAUGUGAAUGACUGCAUCAUUAUUGUUCAUUUUGUCGAUUGUUCAAAUUAGCGUUGACGCUUGCAUUCGUUCUGACUGUGUGCCAGUGUCAACACCAAAUUAAGUGUCACAGUGCAAAUCAAAAUUUGUUGUGUAUUUCUUUCCGAUUUCGUGCAUAAAUCGCCUAAACAAUCAUAAAUACUAAAGCAAUGUGUGAAGUGUGAAGUGAUGAUUGUAAGUAAUUCUAAACAAGAGACUCUUCCGAAA